AUGAAAAGUUUAACAUUUUUGUUGUUUGCAGCUGUCAUUGCUUCUGGUGAUGCUGCUCUGAGGUGUGAAGAAGUCACAGACCCGUGUGCUUCUAUUCAGGCAAAUACAGCUUCCAUUUAUGAGAAUGCAAAUAAUGCUAUCAAAGCCAUUAAAGAUAGAUGUACAUUCGAAGCUGCAGCAUCUCUCACUGAAGAAAUUGCGCAACGUUCUUCAAUGCGCAUAUGA